AUGAUUGCAACACCUUUGAAACAUCCAGGAAUGUCUUUAGGAACAUCUUCUCAAAGAAGAAAUAUGGCCAUGGAUGCAAUCUUUUUUGAUGACAUUCCUUCAGGUACACUUACUCCUGUAAAAGAUUUGCUGAAAUAUCAGAACUCCUCUUUAAAACUGAAUGGCUAUAAGAAGAAUCAGUUCCUAGAAAUGACAAGUUCUAAGAAUAAAAAUAUAUUUCAAUCUACUGUGCUAGCAGAGGUUACCAUCUCUAACAGUUGUCUUGAUAUUAGUGCUAUAAAGUCUAACAAGGAUGGAUUAAAAAAUAAAGCAAACUAUGAAUCACCAGGGAAAAUAUUUCAAAGAAUGAAAGAAAAAGUACUGCGUGACAAGCAAGAAGAAGUAUCAAGAAGCAGUAGUUUGCUGGAACCACAGAAAGGCAAAAAUAAUAAAAUCUUUACUCCUAACAGAGAUGAAAAAAGACUAUUGCAGCAUACCUACCUCUGUGAAGAAAAGGAGAACAAUAAAUCAUUGCAGUCAGUGUCAACCUCCGUCCAAGAAGUUCCUCUAGAAUCAUCAAACAUCCUUCCCAGUAAACAAAAUGUUCAACACCAGCAGGAACAGAAUACAUAUCUGCACAAUUUAACUUAUGAACUUCCAGUCCUGAACCAAGAGCAAGAAAAUGUUUUGACUGCAAGAGUUUCAAAAAAGGGAGUAGCUAGAGCCCAGCUGCCUAAACAAAUUCUUCGCUCAAAAGAGAAUACACCUGAAACUUCUACGUUCAAAAAGGGCUCAACUGUUUUAGAAGGCAUUGAUUCUUCCUGUAAAAAAUUCCAAAAUAUUAAUGUUGAGACUCUCAGUACUAUUAAAAAUAGUGGUCAGUUAAUAGUUUGUGCCAGUGAGAUGACAACAGAAGGGACUUCACCAGAGGAAAUUAAGGAACAAAAUGAAAAGUCAGUGUCCAGAGGAACUAGUCUUCCAGGUUCUAUGGCAGAAACAUGUAAAAUUAUACUUGCAAGUCCAAGACUUCAUUUAACAAUACCUCGAAAGUCAAAAAGAAAUAUUUCAAAGCUUUCUCCUCCAAGUAUAUUUCAAACUGUUACAAAUAAAGUUAAAAAAAAUAAGGUAAUACAGUUACAGGAAUGGAUGAUUAAAGUCAUCAAUGAUAAUACUGCUAUAUGUGUAGAAGGAAAAUUAAUAGACAUGGCUAACAUAUAUUGGCACAGUAAUGUAAUUAUAGAGCGGAUUAAGCACAACGAACUUAGGACGUUAUCGGGCAACAUUUAUAUAUUAAAAGGAUUAAUAGACCAGAGUUCCAUGAAAGAAGCAGGAUAUCCAUAUUAUCUUACAAGGAAGUUUAUGUUUGGUUUUCCAAAAAAUUGGAAGGAGUACAUUGAUAAUUUUCUGGAAAAAUUAAGGGCUGAAGGAAAGAACAGAGGAAAGGCCAGACAAAAACAGAAAACUGCAAGAUUUGUUCCUGAAAUGGAAAAAUCAGUAGAAGAUGAUGUGGAAGAAAAUCAAAAGGAUAGCCUCCAAAAGGCCAGCACCACUUAUGACCUUGAUUGUGAUAAGUUGGAAUGGAAUAAUAAGCACAGUAGGUUGCCAGGAGCUACAGAAAUAAACACUGGUUAUAGAAUUUGCCAAAGUAAACCACCAUUAAGGCUCCCACAAGAUCAAAUAAAUACUACUUAUCAAAAUGGAGGAGGAUGUGAUUUAUCUAAUCAGGAAUUAAUUGGAAAAGAAGAACAUAAAAAAUUAUCUUCAAAGAAACUCAAAAAUUGUAAAGGAAUAAAUAAAAGGAUAAUUAAAAAUCAGAACCAAGAGAGAGCUGAAGAAGUGAAUGUACCUAUUGAUAUUCUAACCUCAGGAGAACAGUUCUUCUCAGAUGAAGAAAGAAAAUACAUGGAUGUUAGUCAGAAGGAAGCUUGCAUUUUAUUAACACCACUUAAAACUAAAAAAGUGAUAGAGCAAAGAUGCAUGAAGUAUAAUCUGUCUUCUGACACCAUUAAAGCAGUAACAGAGUUUUCAGUAUCAAAACAUCAAGGAGAAAGUGAGUCAGACUUAAAUAAAACUGUAAGUGCCAUUAAUAAGUCCAUAGGAACUUUAGGAAAUAUACUUGAGUAUGGUAGGAGCUAUAAAAGCAAAAACAAGGAAGAUUGCAAUGAAUAUGAUUUGCUCACUAUCAACCAAAACCUGCCUAGCCCUAAUAAUAAACAAAUGGUCACCAAUGACUUUAAGAAAAAUAACAACUUGCUAUCAAAAUUGAAGAAAACUGAAAACCAAGUAGCUAGAUCAUCUUACAAUCAUCAUCCUUCAUCAGAUUUGUCAAGUGAAGAGAGUGAAACAGAAAAUGAAAUUAGAAGGAAAGCUGGGGUUAAGAAAACCAGAGCACGAAACAUCAAAGAAACAGUGAGAAGAAACCUAAGAGAUCCCACAAGGGAUAUCCUACUGAUUUCAGAAUCUGAAACUGAGGAGAGUGAAACUGAAUUUCAUAACAAGCAAAAGAAAGCUCGGUCUUCUGCCAAAGAAACUUUUCCAAAAUCUGGUGGUGAGAAUGAGUUUCUGGUUAUUGAGGCAGUGGAAUCUGAUAAAGUUAGUAAGCAACCCUUAAAACAUUUACCUGGCUUAAAUCAUGAUGAAGAAUGGGAUGAGAAGGAAUUGCAGAAACUUCAUUGUGCUUUUGCAUCUCUUCCAAAGCACAAACCCGGUUUCUGGACAGAUGUAGCUAUGGCAGUAGGUUCUCGAACUGCUAAGGAAUGCCAGAGGAAAUACACGGAAGAUCCUCAAGGAAAAGGAUCCGGGAAACAUGUCACUAAGAAAAAGAAAGCCAUUUCCAAAGUCCAAAAUGGUGAGAGAGACAAUGCUGAUAAGAAACCAACUAUUAAUAUAACUGCCAAAGUGGGAACUCUUAAAAGGAAGCAACAAAUGAGGGAUUUUCUGGAACAUUUGCCAAAAGAUGACCAUGAUGAUUUUUUCAGUACAACACCUUUGCAGAAUCAAAGAAUACUGUUGCCAAGUUUCCAGUAUAAUCAAGAUGACGAUGAUUUUUUGCCGAACAUGGACAGAAAUCCAGCAACUCCAUCAUCAGUUAUCUUUCCACUGGCAAAAACUCCUCAGUGUCAGCAUGUCAGUCCUGGCAUGCUAGCCACUAUAAAAAGGGAUGAUUGUGAUAAAUACGUUUAUCGUAUGCAAAAAAAUCAUAAAAGAAAUGGCAUUAUCUGGGGCAACGUUAAGAAAAAUACAGCUGAAACUAACUUCUCAACUCCAACAUCAAGAAAAACCUUGUUUAACAAAGGUAAUACAUUUCUUUCUUUUAUAGCUGGUUCUAUUAAAGGCAAUCUCUUCUGAUGGUAUUAAAUUAAUUGUCAAGUACACAGACCUACCAUUUAGUUCCUUGUAGUU